AAAUCUAAUCCAAAUCAAAUCCAAAUCCAAUCCAAAUCCAAUCCAAACCCAAUUCAAAUCCAAUCCAAAUCCAAUCCAAAUCCAAUUCAAAUCCAAUCCAAAUCCAAUCCAAAUCCAAUCCAAACCCAAUCCAAAUCCAACCCAAAUCCAAUCCAAAUCCAAUCCAAAUCCAGUCCAAAUCCAAUCCAAAUCCAAUCCAAAUUUAAUCCAAAUACAAUUAAAAUGCAAUCCAAAUUCAAUCCAUGUUCAUGUAUAGAUUUUUGCCAAUAACAUUUUGCUAUUUGGAUUUGUUUCAUUGUACAACAUUAUUUUUAAUAUUAGCUAAAUUUUUGAGACGGUGCACAACACUGUUCUAUUUACAAAAAAAUGAAAGCUAUUAGGAACACCAUUUCAUUGAGACGCAUUAUCUGUUUUCAAAUGAAUAGGUACUCCAAUCGGAGACAAUACUGAGUAGGUAUUACGAAGUUUAGGUUUAGUUUAUCGAUUGAAUGUAUCCAAUGACAAAAUAAACUAAAUUAUAAAAGACCUUUCCGAACGUUGUUGCUACUUGACCUAUGAAUCGCCAGUUAGAAUGACCAAAUCUCAUUUCUGUGAGAGGGUAUUUUAUAACCCUUUUAUGUAUGUAACGCUAAUAUAUAGACCUUUUCUCAUCCCCGAUGGCGGCAUUGUCAAUAAAAAAAAUGUGCCAAUGUUGCCCGGGAAACGAUGUCUGUUGAUAUUAAAUUUUUAGUUCAAAAACUAAAAUCACUGUUUAUUCUGAACAUCCGAAUAGAUCAAUUUCAUCCUGCAAUUCAUUGUACCGAAUUGAUCAAAUUAUCAAAAAUCAAUGAGCCCAUCGCGACCUCGCGUGAUGAAGUUUACAAAAGUGUAAAAAAGCCAUACAGCGAAGAGCAACUUACAAGCCGAGCCAGUGAACUUGAGCAGAAGGAAAACUUUUACCCCGCUAUCAUCGUGCGCUAUUAUCGCAAAUCGAAGGCCAUGGAAGAAGAAGACGAUAAAGUGUGCCCCUUGGAAGGCUUCGUCCAGCAACAACAGCAGCAAAUGCGAUCGACAUAUCAGCAUCAACAGCUACAAACACAACAAAAACAGCAGCAGCAGCAUGUAAUGGUUAUUCAACAGCCAGAUUCGGCUGGAGCUACCGAACUCGUAGGUGAUUAUGGACCGAAAACCGACCGAUUGAUGGAAAAUGUUCGACUCCAUGGGAAAUUCGCAGCAACAAGUGUGAAUACAAACGCAAGCGUACAAUCAUUUCAAUCUAUACUAACUUCGUCAUCUGCCUCGACGGCAGCGGCGACCUCGAAGAAAACCAAGUUCCACAGUUUUCUGCAGAGCAGCAGCAGCGCAGCAACGACGCAACAAAGUUUCUCUAGCCUUGGAGCGACUUCAUCCAGUUUCCAGCAGGCCCUGGCCUCCCCAUCUUUGAAAUCUCCUCACACAUUUUCCGGAUUGGCCGCUUUGACGUCACCCUCUUCGUCUAUUCCAUCGUCUCCGCAGCUAGCCAUUUCCGCCGGAUUUGAGAACAUGUUCGGCGAAAUGGAAGCAAGCAACGAGCUGAAGCUCAAAAAGAGCCUGCAACUGAACCGCAAAAUUUCAAUCCUCAGUCCAGCCCAUUUGAGCAUUCGCAGUGAGCAAACAACCAAAGAGGAACGAACCUCCUGUUACAUAAACGCUGAAACAUUGGAUUUUGACGUCGAAAAUGGCCAAGGUUCACGAUCGCCGCUGGAAGGUGGAUCACCGGCAGCCGCCGCUGCCGCCGGAUUGGUACUGCAGAAUCUACCUCAGCGAAGAGAAUCCUUUCUGUAUCGGUCCGAUUCGGAUUUCGAGAUGUCGCCGAAGUCGAUGUCGAGAAACUCCAGCAUCGCCAGUGAAAGAACUGAUAAAUUUUCUAGACUCAAAGAAGUGGAAGCACCCACGAUUACCAGCACGGAACGAACGCAUGUGGAAGAUCUGAUCGUUACACCAUUUGCGCAAAUUCUCGCCAGCCUACGUUCGGUGCGAUCGAACUUUUUCAACUUGACAAAUGUUUCACCGCCCAAAUCAAAACGAAAUAACGUGCAAGUGACACCGGCUCCAAAAGCACUGACCCCCGGAGACGAUUCGUAUGUGAAGCUGGCUUUGGAUACGAUCGACGAGUUGGACUGGUGUCUCGACCAGCUGGAAACGGUACAAACGCAUCGCAGCGUGUCUGACAUGGCGUCCUUGAAGUUCAAGAGGAUGCUCAACAAAGAACUAUCACACCUUAGCGAAUCUAGUAAAUCUGGCAACCAGAUAUCUGAAUAUAUUUGUUCGACUUUCUUAGAUAAACAACAGGAACUGGAUAUCCCCUACAGCAGAGAUGAUUCGGAUUCUCACAACCCGAGCACGCUUUCCCGUAGCCGAUCGCCCCGGAUGGGCGAACGAAUGUCGCAAAUUUCCGGCUUCAAGCGACCGCUGCAGCAUACCAAUUCUUUCACCAGUGAUCGAUUGCCACUGUACGGGGUCGAUACGCCGCACGAGCAUCAGUUGGGGCCGGUUCUCAACCAGAUCGACACCUGGGGCAUCGACAUCUUCAGAAUCGAAACCUUAAGCAACAAUCGACCGCUGACCUGUGUAGCUUUUGCUAUCUUUCAGGAACGGGACAUACUGAACACUCUUAUGAUACCAUCCAAAGUUUUUCUAGCGUUUAUGACAACCUUAGAAGAUCAUUAUGUUAAGGAUAAUCCAUUUCACAACUCACUGCACGCAGCGGAUGUGGCGCAGAGCACCCAUGUUCUGCUGAACACACCGGCCCUAGAGAAUGUAUUUACUCCGCUAGAGACCUGCGCAGCACUAUUUGCCGCCUGUAUACAUGAUGUUGAUCAUCCUGGGUUAACUAAUCAGUUUUUAAUUAAUUCAAGUUCAGAGCUAGCAAUUAUGUACAAUGACGAGUCCGUACUAGAAAAUCAUCAUUUAGCAGUUGCAUUUAAACUCUUGCAAAAUGAAGACUGCGAUAUACUACGCAAUAUACAGAAGAAACAACGUCAAACUUUUCGGAAGAUGGUAAUCGAUAUGGUGCUUUCAACGGAUAUGUCGAAACAUAUGACACUGCUGGCUGAUCUGAAAACUAUGGUGGAGACUAAGAAAGUCGCCGGUUCUGGAGUCUUGUUAUUAGAUAAUUAUACUGAUAGAAUACAGGUUUUAGAAAACUUGGUACACUGCGCUGAUCUCAGCAAUCCCACCAAACCGCUACCAAUGUACAAACGAUGGGUUGCCAGGCUGAUGGAGGAGUUCUUCCUGCAGGGGGACAAGGAGCGAGCCGCCGGCAUGGACAUUAGCCCGAUGUGCGAUCGGCACAACGCGACAAUCGAAAAAUCGCAGGUCGGCUUCAUCGACUACAUCGUGCAUCCGCUGUGGGAGACGUGGGCGGACCUGGUGCAUCCCGAUGCCCAGGACAUUCUCGACAUGCUGGAGGAGAAUCGUGAUUACUACCAGAGCUUAAUACCACCUUCGCCGCCGGCGCUCGACGAGGCGGACGAUAAGAUUCGUUUCCAGGUAAGUGUAUUGUGGCCGCACGCCGAGAGGCGCAAUGAAGCCCCUAUUCUUUGUUAGUGCAAUUGUUUUACCAAUAAUACAAUUGUUCAAUCAUUACUAAUUGCCUAUAUUCCGGGGAUUAAUCUACCCGACUUGGACAUUAAUUUACAAUGUUCUUAAAACUCGCGUGUCCUAUGAAAGGCUGAA